AUGAUGCAGCAAGUGCUAUUUAGCUCACAAUCCGACGUCGUCGAUUCGCCAGUAACCAAGUUAAUUAGUUACGUUGUACUGACCUACCUUUCGGAGUAUUUUUGUAUCUGUAUUAUCAAAUCAAGCAGGGAUUCGAUUAAAUUUGAUGUCACUUUUCCUUCGAUGAUAAUCGAUGUCGAUAAAGCGUUCAAUAUUAGCUUUCAACGCGGCGUAGACAACGGUUGUCAGUCCUUCAUAGUGUUCGAAAAUGGUCUGUCACAUUUUUUAGAUGCCUUCAUCGAGGUUCACGAUGCCUCAGAUCAAAGAUCUGCUCGGAAAAAGCUCGUUAUCGUGAAGACCUUCUUGGACUCGACUGCCGCUAGAGAUUUAACCGAACAUCAAGCUGUCAAAGAACUACGAGAUUUACUAUUGAUUAUUAUCAACAACAAUCAUGAACCGAAGGAAUUUUAUACUACAGAAAUAUUUAGCAAUGGAUCCCGGGGCUCAACCCUCGUGAAGCUUCGAAAAAUAGAUCCUCCGGACUAUUUCCCUGACAAGUCGUCCAACAUGAACGGGAUUCCGAUUCGGCUUCGCGGGGUUAUGUACCCUCCGUUCUCGUACUACGAAAUAUCGACUCAGGAAAAAACGAACGCACGUUAUGACCCCCAGUUCAAUGAUACAGAUGACACCCCGUUGUUUGUUGAUGGAACAGAACCGCGCUUGCUGCUGGAGUUUUGCCGCAGAUUCAACUGCACUAUUGAAACUUAUUUUGACGAAGCGGCUUCCUGGGGUGAAGUAUACGAAAAUCAUACAGGAACCGGCGUUCUUGGUGCAGUCGCUACACGUAAAGCUGACUUCGGCGUUUCUGCGAUUUAUCACUGGCCUGAACCAUACAAAUACGCGACAUACACUGUUCCGAUCAGUCGGUCAGGAGUGACAGCAUUGGUACCUAAGCCGCUAACACUCCCACCCUGGCGCACUCCGUUUCUUUCCUUUUCCAAACACCUCUGGGUUGCAGUCGCUCUAACAUUCGUUGCCGGAGUAUUGGCCGUGUGGAUGUUAGCUAAAGGCCGCCGUCGCACGUUUAACAUACCCGAACAAGAAGCGACGUCCUUUAGCGAUUCCGUUCUCACCAUGAUCGGGUUUUAUAUGGAACAAAACGCUCCUUUGAGAAACGAUUCCCUGUCCAGUGCAAUACUGUUCACCUCUCUCUUGUUCACAGGAUUUAUGGUAGGAAACAUGUACGGAGCUGGCCUGGCGGGAAUUAUGACGAUUCCUCAGUACGAACCCUCAAUUGAUACACCUUAUGAUCUGGCCAGCAGCGGAUUGCUAUGGGGUGGAACUUGUCUAGAUUGGUUGUUUGCUGUCCUGGACGCUGAGCAGGUUCAUCUGAAAACCAUACUAAGUAACUACCGAAUUGUCGACACGGAAUACCUUGUACAACAUCGCAACACACGCGAUUUCGGUUAUGUUGGCGAGCGGAGCGAGUUCGGACAUUUUUCACCGAUCGACUACCUAGACGGUGAAUCGUCGCAAAUGACGCAACUCCUAAAGGACGAUUUGUUCUGGCAAAGCUGUACUGCCAUCGUAACAAAAACUUGCCCAUUCAAGCAAACUUUCAACGACAUGCUAAUGAUCAUCAGACAGUCUGGCAUCCAGUACUUCUGGGAGAUUCAGGUGGUGAACAUGUAUAUGAACUCUACCCACGAGCAGAACAUACUCAACGCUAGACAGUCGUCAUCGGGCAGCGAUGCAACAGUUCUUACAACUUCCCAUCUAAUGGGUGCAUUUCUUAUCCUGGCAGUGGGAUUAUCUAGUAGUGCUACGAUAUUUUUUGUCGAGUGUUUGUACACAAAAUAUAGGUCACAACGGAAAGUUAUCAUUAUUUAGGGAAUAGCAUCUGCUUUUUCACUACUGGUGUGCUUUUCUCAACGAAAUAACAAAACUUCAUAAAAACUGAAUAUUGAAUAUA